CAGGGUUUGGCCUGAACAACUUAAAGAGUUUCCACUAAUUGAGCUGGAAAAGCCCGAAGGGGGAUGUGGUUUAGGAGGGGAUGUCAGACAGAGCUGCCUUGGGACAAGCCAAGGAAAAAGCCAUCUCCCCUCGGUGCAGGCCCUCGGGAGAGCCCAUGGAACCCCCGAAACUGCUGUGCUCUCUGACUUGCCUCUUGUUGGAAACUGUCGCUUUGUCUCUGUCACCUUUAUCUGCCUUCGGAAUACAAGACCAGGAUGGAUUGGAACCACGCUCAAGGGAAACUUCCAGGUCCUGGCUGAGCAACUUCAGUGAUUACCUGUGGGAUCUCAUCAGGAGCUCCAUCCCUACAGCUGCCAUUUUUGCUUUUCUGAUCAUUUCAGCAAUCAUGGGGACCCUCUGCUGCCUCACUAUCCUCAUAGGUGAACCAGUCCAGUGAAGUACUAGAAGAUUCCAAGAGAGUGCAGAGUGUGCUAUUUGUGUGCAUUGAGGAAGUAUCUAUCAGGGUCAUCUCAGUUGCCAUGUUGAGAAGGUCAGAAGCAGGGAGACCAGCCGGGAGGUUUACCGAAAUCCAGUGUACAAGUGCAAGAGUUCCUCUGAAGACUAUCACACUGUGACUGACUUUCUGAGUCAAAGGCACCAAUUAUUAAAUA